GCUGCAGAGAGGACGGCGACCAAAUCAUGGUUGAAUUGCGUGCACAAGGUUUGCGGUUAAUAUUCCUCUGUGCGGCUUUAGCUGGGACAUCUGCACAAUAUGAGAGCUACAGCUUCAGGAGUUUCCCCGCAGAGGAGCUCGCGCCCCUCAACACCGCCUACGGGCUGGCCAAGGACUUUUACGCAGCGAGGAACUGGACCGAGUCGAUCCGGUACUUGGAGUUGAGUUUGCGUCUGCGCCGUCUUCACCAGGACUCGGUGCGCGUCUGCGCGCUCCUCUGCGACCACAUGGAGCCGUUCUUCACUGCAGCUCCGGAUCUCCGCGCGUUCUGGCGCAUCCUGCGGACUGCGCGCUGUCAGAGGAGGUGCAGAGCGCACCUCCCAGCCCUGCAGCUGCCUCCCCCCGGCAGGGAGACCCUGGAAGAGUUCAGCACAAGAUCCCCGUACAGAUAUCUGCACUUUGCCUAUUCCGAGCUGAACGACCUACAGAGGGCCAUCCCGUGUGCCUACACCUUCCUCCAGAGGAACCCCGGGGACCAGGAGAUGAAUCAGCUGAUGGAGACGUACAAGAAGGAGUAUGACCUGGACGGUUACCUCAUCGACCACGAGGAGCAGAUUUAUGAGGCCUCCUUUGUGAGAGGAGUGAAACUGAUGAGUUCAGGCGACUAUAGCAGCAGCGUGGAGCUUCUGGAGGAAGUUCUGAGACUCUACCUGCAGGAGUUCGACCUCUGUCAGGCCGAAUGCGAAGGAAUCGGUCAUUUCUCACCGGACAGGGACUUCUACUCCCUCAUAGCAGAAGUCUACAUUGAUGCAUUGAAGUGCAAAUUAAAGUGUGAGGAAAACUUGAUGCCCAACGUUGGAGGUUACUUUGUGGAGAACUUUGUGGCCACUAUUUACCACCACCUCCAGUAUGCGUAUUACAAGUUGAACGACGGCUGCAGAGCAGUUCCUUGUGCGUACAGCUAUUCCCUGUUCGAGCCAGAGGACCAGGUCAUGAAGCAGAACCUGAUGUAUUAUAAAGCCUACAGUCAACAGUGGGGCCUUCAGCCCAAUCACUUCAAACCCAGACCAGAGGCUUUCAAACACUACAACUACACGGUGACACUAAAAUGGAUAUCGAAAUUUGCAGGAAAGUCCCUGGAGUCGGGCGAGGAGUUUUUAGGACCAGAAGAAGCUGCACGUUUGGCCAUGGAGUCUCCUGAUGCUGAGUUUGAAGGUCUGGGGGACUACGAGGAGUCCAUCUACGCCAGCUGGAGGCAGGAGAAGGGGAAAGGAGAUGCCGGUGAAUCGGACAUCUAA